UGCUUCUAUAGAAGAAGAAAUCAUAUCCUUUCGCAUGUGAUUAGAGUUUGAAAGCAUGUGUUCAAUCUGAGUUCUAUUUCAAAUCACAGCUGAGGAAACAAACCUCGCCACUACGUCAGCAGACUACUCCUACAUGCGUGAUUAUUUCGCUUUGGUUUUUGGAGCAUCAUUCAUCAACAACCCCUCGAAUUUUCCUUCAUCUUCUGACGACGAUACAGCGCACCGCUGCAUGAAAACAUGUUGGCGAAGGCAACGGGUGAUGUGUGAAUUUAAAAAUAACCAUAUUCUCUCGAUUCUGCAAAACUUGGACUGUGUGCCAUCUUGGACAUACGGAGCUAAUAUUCGCAUUUUCCUAGGAAAAAUUACAAAUCUGCGGCAGCAGAACAUUUUUCUCACGCUCUCCGAGUGAUCGCGGCUGCGAGAGUUACAGACUGAUCCACCUCCGUACAUAGGCCACUGAGUCGCAUUCACGCAAACAACCUGCCGAACUUGCCAGCCAGGUGGAGGUCGUGCAGGAGUUUCCACAGCUUCACCAUUCGAUAGUGACUAACAUUUUCUCACAAAAGGAAGAGUGAAAUUUGCAGUUCAGUCUGAUCCGAUUCUGCUACGCAACCUACUAACAGACUGAUUAUUUUUAACGGAAUUUCAAGCGCUAAUGUGAUAGUGACGGAUAGGGUAGAGUUUUUCGUUUUAUUAUUGGAUUGCAAAAGGAAAACCAACGAAACGACAGUACGAAAAUAAAAAGAAGAAAACGACAGAAAAUUCAAAAGAUUGAGUGCUGUGGCUUUUUUUUUGAACUUCUGGGUGUGUUGUGGAGAGUGAGAUUUUCAGCCGAAGAAUAUUCAGUGCGACACGGGUACUCAAUGAAAAUACUGAUUUUCGUUCAAUUUCUUCACGACAAAACGAAAUAGGAAAAAUCCGACCCCAGUUCCAGCAUGGCGCGGUUAUCGGUGUGGGUCCUUCUGGGACUCGCCCUGUUCACCUUGUCAGUGAAUGAUCUUCGAGUUAAGGCAGACGCCCCCACAGAGUACGAAUGUCGGCCGUACAUAGAAAAGGCCUUACAGGAUUUGAAAGGAGAAAGUGCAGAGGCAACUGCCAGUCAAGAAGAACCAGAAACUGUAACCGAAGAAGAACCAAGCAGUACAGAAUCACCGAUAGACGUCACUAGCCAGGAAGAAGAGGAAAACACUGCCGCCGAGGAGACCAGUAUUGAAGAAGACGUUCCAGAAUCGCCAGAACAGUUAACACCUUCGGAAGAAGUACAAGAAGCACUGUUCGACGAUGAUCAGCCUGAGGAUACUAGCCAGGCAAACGAAGAGGAAGAACAGGAGGAAGAAAUCGAUGAAGUCACAGCUUCAGAAGAGGAUAUUCAACAAGAUGAACCAAUUACUGAUAGCGCUCAGGAUGCUGAAGAAGAAGAGCCUGAAGAGGAGGAGAAUGUAGAAGAGGAAACUACCGAUGCAGAUGCCGAGGAAGAAGAUGAAGAAGAGCAGGAGGAGGAGGAGGAGGUUUCUGCCGAGGCUGACACUGCCGAUGAAAGGACAGCCGACAGCCAAGAGGUUACGGCUGAUGACGAGGAUAACGAAGAUGAAGAUCAGGUAACUGAAAGUCAAGAAGCCGAUGACGAAGGAGAUGACGAAGAAGAGCAACCAACGGAGAGUCAAGAAGAAGAUGCCGAUACCGAGGAUGAUGAGGAUGAUGAAGCACAAGCAGCGACAGAAGAUAUGAAUGAUGAUGAGGAUCAAGCUACCGAAAGUGAAGAAGCUCAAACGGCUGACGAAGACGAAGAGCAGGAUGGUGAACACGAGGACGACGAACAGGUUGGUAGUGAGGAGGCUGCUGAUGGUAACGACGAAGAAGACGAUGGUUAUGAAGAAGAAAAAAUAGAUGAAGUGAGCACCGAGCAAGAUAAUGAAGGUGAUAACGGUGAUGACGACGCACUGACUGAUGACGAGGAAGUUGACCAGGAAGAUGAAGAAGAUGAGACUGACUUUGAAGAAACAACUAGUCAGGAAGUAGUAGAAGAGGAAACAGAACAGGAUGAUGACGAUACUCAGAGUAUUGAGGAGGAAAACGGUGAUGAUGUGGAGGAACCCUCAAUGGACAGCCAAGAAGCAGUAGAUGCUGAUGGGGAUGACAGCAACGACGACCUUGACGAUGACGACAACGACGUUGAUGGCGAUGAGGAAGAGGAAGACGAGCAAGUGGAAGCUGCUGACGACGAACAACCAUCUGCAGAAGAAGUCGCCGAUAUUGAGGCCAGCCCUGAGAUUGAGGAAACUACCGAGAACAGCCAGGAAGAAGACGCAGAAUCGAUUAAAGCUAGCGAGGAAGUAGAGGAAGAAGUCAGUGCAGAAGUCGUCGAAGAAGAAUCAGAGGAAUCCGUCGUGAAAGUUUCCGAAGAAGCCGUAGUUGAAGAGACUGUGUCUGCCGAAGAAGAACAGCAUGCGGAAGAGAGCACUGAAGAAGCAGAAGUUGUCGUGGAAAAUGUUGAAAUCCCCGUGGAGAGUGCAGAAAACGUUGAUACCACUGGUGGUGAGGAAGCUAGCGAAGAAGCUAUAGUAAAGGUAGAAGUACAAUCCGAGGAAGCCGUACCAGUUUCGGAAGAAGUAGAGCAGGAAGUCACCGCCUCAGAGGAAAGUGCUGAUAAAUCCGAACCACUUCCGGAGGAAGAUCUGCUACUGGAGUACGAAAUCCCGUCGAACCUUAGAGAUACUUCGCACAUUUACGAGCUGCUUAACAUCAACGAAGAAGCGGCAGAAAAAGAAAACGCUCUUAACAAAGUCGCCGACGUUAUCCUACGCGACCUGAAGAAAAUCUACGAUACCGCCAUCAAGCCCCUGGAAACUCUGUACAAGUACCGCGAUCUUAGCAAUCGUCACUUCGGAGAUCCGGAAAUUUUCUCCAAACCGCUGAUUCUGUUCAUGGGUCCCUGGAGCGGGGGCAAAUCGACGAUACUCAACUACCUCACCCAGAACGAGUACACCCCAAAUUCUGUGCGGACUGGAGCCGAGCCAUCUCCUGCCUACUUCAAUAUUCUCAUGCACGGAGAUGAGCCGGAAGUGUUGGAUGGUACCCAACUAGCGGCUGAUUGGACCUUCUCGGGACUCCAGAAGUUCGGUCAAGGGCUGCUCGAUCGCCUCCGUGGGCAGAAACUGCCGAACAAACUUCUUGAGCGGGUCAACAUUGUCGAGAUUCCUGGUAUCCUCGAGGUCCGCAAGCAGGUUUCUCAAUACUUCCCAUUUAACGAUGCCUGCCAGUGGUUCAUCGAUCGAGCCGACAUCAUCUUUCUGGUGUAUGAUCCCUCCAAGCUCGACGUAGGCCCAGAAACUGAAGCCAUUCUGGACCAGUUGAAGGGAAGGGAAUACCAGACACGAAUUCUUCUCAACAAAGCUGACCAGGUAAAACCGGAAGAACUGCUUAGGGUUCAGGGGGCCCUUAUUUGGAACAUUUCGCCACUGAUGUCAUCGGCUCAGCCUCCGGUCAUGUACACGGUGUCUCUCUGGUCUAACCCCUUCGAAACAGGAGCACCUAUUCGGCUUCUGCAAGCGCAGGAGCGAUUCCUACUGCUCGAUCUGGGGCAGGCAAUCGAAAAAAGAAUUGAAAACAAAAUUGCCAGCGCACGUCGUUUCGCUGUACGUGUCCGCAACCACGCUAAAAUGGUAGAUUGUUACCUAACGACCUAUUACAACCACAAGACUCUGUUCGCGAACAAGAAAUACAUCUCGGAACAAAUCAUCGGCAAUCCGCAGCAGUAUCACAUCUACGAGGGUCUAUCCACGCUGACAAACAUCUCCCGGUAUGAUCUACCUGAUCCGGAGGUGUACCGUGACUUCUUCCACCUGAACCCGCUCUACGAGUUCAAGAAACUAUCGGAGACGUGCACCUACUUCCGCGGUUGUCCCAUAAACAAGCUAGAUAUAGCGAUCGCUUACGAUCUGCCCGAACUGGUCGGAAAGUACAAGAAGUUGUCCGAGGCGGCCUUGGAGAAGCUUAACGUUCCCUCACCCACUACUGAUUUCGUACGAGGCAAAUCAAGCAGUUGAGUGCAAUACAAAAUACGCGGGCGGUGCGAUCUCACUCCAAACGCCCUUCCCAGUUAUUUUCUGUCUCACUCUGUUUCUUUAGCGUAAUCGUUGAUUUUUUGUUUUGCCGCAACUACUUGUUUUGCUAUAAUGCAACCGUAAUUUUAGAUGUAGUUUGCAUUAAACACAGAUAUACAAACACUUGCAAAUUGUUAAUAAAACUGAGCGUACGAUUGAACUCUAUAAAUUGAAACCUGUCAUUUAAAUCAUUGCAUUAGACAAGCUCUAAACUAUAAUUUGUGUCGUUUAUAACCGAGUAGAUUUUCAUUUUUCUUUUGAAAAUAGCCAAGAAAUGUCCGCAUCUGCGAAUAAAUGUUCAGCACUGUGUACCGAUGAAACAGCCAAUACAUUUGCCAAAUUUUGUGUUUCAAAGAAGGCCGAAGUGAUUCAAACUUUUUAAAAUACUGUGUAGAGGAAGCGAAAUAGCCUUAAAGUACACGAAUAAUGAGAGAUUGUGAUGUAAAACGGAUUUUGAAAUUGGCGCUUGUGAAAAAACAUUCAACACUCUAAAUGUUUUCAUUUUUUUGUUAAACAGAAGAUCCGCAGAUGGAACAUGUCAGCAUUUAGGUGCAGCUUUUGAUAGAGCUACUGUACUGUCAGAAAACACAGGUGAUUUCAACGAAAUCGAAACAUCGUUGAAUUCUUUUUUAUGCGUGUCUGUUUAAAAACCCAGAUGGAAUCGAGUGUGCAUGGGCCCUCGACAGUAGAUCGAUUGCAUUGUUCGAAUCCAACAACUGAACAAAGGUCAUGUUUCAAUAAUCAGAAAUAGGCAAAUAAACAAAUUUCAAACAAUA